AUGGAGGCAGCACCCGAUAUGCUGUACUUCUUUGCCCAGCUCGAACCGCUGAUGCACAAGGAUCCGUCCUUGUGGUGCGUCUCAGCCCGCAACGAGCUGGGACUGGGGCCAUACGCCUCGGAUCUCAGUGGGCUCACGCGUACCGACGUCUUUGCCGGAAGCCUGGCUUGGAUGCUGCCCGCCGAGCUCUUUCGAACGGAGAUCUUGCCCCGGUGGCCGGAGAAAGACUGGGCGCAACAUCUUCGGUCGCCCGCUGUGUCGCGAGGUCGCCAGUGUAUCGUCCCCGAGGUCAGCCGCGUACGCCACCUGGGGCGGGACACGCGACAGGAUUCUGCCGGUGCACCGGAGUCGCGGGCUCGACAGGAUGCCGGACUUCUCGUCGCAUCGAGACAGCCCACCUUCCUAGGCAAGGUCUUGCCACAAAUCGAAGAUGAGGCGUUUCGCUCCGCGAUGCGGGCUGGUGUCCUGGGAGCCACCGUUGUCAAGGACCUUUCCGAGAUGCCGGUCAUGAUGGAAGGAUCCACCACGGUGUGGCCAUGGCAGAAUCUUCCAGGUUACCGUGUGGAUUUUGCCUGCAUGUCUGAGGGACUCCCGCCCGAGUGCUGGCGAAUGGUCGCCGGCUACUUCAAGCUGCCGGAGGCCGUUCCACCACGCGGUUUCUACCAGGGGGCCCUUCGUCUUCGAUGGGGUGCAACAGCAGUGCUAUUCAUUGUGGCCGAGAAAACGUCUCUCAUCCCUGCCCAGGACCUGCAGGGCCGCGUGCUGCUCCCGGCGAAGGACUUCCACUUGUCCCCGCCACCGUUGUUGGCAGUGAGGGAGAACGUCGUAGCUGCAGCCGUGCAGGAUGCGGGCAGGUCCUGCAAAUCCAUGUGCGAGUCCAUGGGCAAGGUUUGCUAUCCUGCAGAUCUCCUGUUUGUGAAUGAUUGCACAAUGCUGCGGCAGUUUUUCAACUGCGGACGUUGUGAGGCAUCCUCCGGCACUGCUCUCCCUGCGCUUCGCGCACCUCGUGAACGUAAGGAGGAGCGCAGGGGCGCUGGCUCGAUUUGCCUCACGAACUCCGACGUGCUGCAACAUCCCCCAUCUUGCCACGCUGCGGACUCGGACAAGCAGCGGCUUUGCGUAUGCCGUGAGGAGCUCUCAGCCGCUCCGCUGAAGCCGGCAGUUCGCGAGCGCGCCGAGGCUACCGCCGAGGCUGCGGGAUGGAAGCCUGGUCUCCGGCGCAUGGCGUUGCAUGCGAAAGGGCUGCAGUCCUUUGGCACCGUCGUGUCGGCACCGAAGGCCAACUCGAUGCAUGUCCCCGUGGUCCUCGUGGCUGUGGGUCACUCGGUGGCGGCGCUGAACGCCACUUCACGGGCGCUCCGUGCAGCGAGGGGCUUCGACCCGUCACAGCUUCAAAUUUUCCUCGCCUGCUGCGGCGCACAGGUCGAGCCGUCGCGGCAGCUGCUUCAGGAAGACUUUCCAGAAGCAGCCCUCACUGUGCAGGCUCAGACGAAGCCUGUCCUGCGAGGCCGCUCCAAGACCCUCCACGAUUCGGCGCGCGAGACGCAGCAUCUUCGGGAAGUGCUUACGGCAGCUUUGAGUACCCGGAACAGCAGCAGUCUUCUGGUCGUGCACGAGGGCGCCCAGCUGUCGUCGGAUGCGAUCGGAUUCUUUUCUCAGCUCGGACCGCUCAUGGACCAGGAUCCCUCCAUUUGGUGUAUUGGCGCUUGGAAUGAUGCAGGUUUGGCUCCGUAUGUUGCGGACCUGUCGGUGCUUCUUCGAACCGACUGGCAUCCGGCCAAACUCGCUUGGAUGAUGCGUGCACAGGUGCUACGGCAGGAGAUUCUUCCCAGCUGGCCUGACGCGGAGUGGGAGCGCUUCCUGCGCCGCAACGAGGUGCGAUUGGACCGCCAAUGCAUUGUACCCGAGGUAUCUCGGUGCUAUCCGUAUGGUCCCCCGCAGAGUAUGGACGAUCCAUCCUUGCGACGCAGCGACCGAACGGCCUUCGACGACUUCAUGCGACCGGUUUUGUGGAACAAGGAGGGAGAGGAGGUCCAGCUCGGCGAGCUCGACCGCAUGAAGGAUCGGGCUUACGAGAAACUCUUCCUCGAAACUUGGCCCAACGACGAGGGCCUGGCCCACAGUCGCGCGGUGGCAUCCUUUCGGGAUCUCCUAGACCUCGAGACGGGAACGCAUCACAUCAUUCUGGAUGAGCAGUCCAGCGGCUGGGCGAAGGCCGCACACUUCCUCCGCCUGCCCGAGCGCAUGGAGAAGGACCAGACGAUCCCGGGUUCCUACCAAAACGUGUUGAGGCUGCGCUGGGGUGGGGCAGUCCUGUACGUGGUCUUCAAGGGCAGCAAGCUUCUGUCGGCUGCGGGCAUCCGGAGCAACGUGUCCGGCUUCCAGGACAUACCGCGGCAACGACCAGUGCUGCUUGCCGGCGUGGCGUCUGUGGUCGUCUCACGACUGGGAGCCAGCUGUGCGGCGACCUGCUCAGAGUUGGAGACGGGUGCGAGGUGUCACGACCCGGAUUUGAUGUUCUUGAAUGCAUGUUCUGCUCUUCGCCACUUCAUGGGCCACGAAGCCUGCGGCGAAUGCAUUGCCGGCGAUGGCCAGGAGUAUCCUUCCGUCGUCCUUUUCGACACACAACUAUCGGGCUCUGCGCCUCACUUCAAUGCCAAAGUUCGGAACAAGCUCUUCUUCGAAGAGCAUAGUCCGCCGGUCGGCACCUGCAUCUGGAAUGCGAAUCUCGCGUUCCCGCCUCGCUGCGACGCCGCACAUCGGCGACUGGCCAGGCUGUGCGCGUGUCGUGUGGCGGCGACGAACCUGCCCGCGCAGGCUGCUGAUCUUAGCAAGCCAAGCGCACGGCCCAUAGUUAGGAACCUGGUUCCCGUUGGUCAGGUGGAUGCGUCCUUGCCGCCAGAACGUUGCGGCGCUGCCUUUGGCAACCGGCUGGCUGCGGACUGCUUGGUAAACAAAUUCUGGUGCUGCUCGGCCGGUAUGUGGUGCGGCGCAAGCAAGCAGCACUGUGUCAGCCCCGACCACGAGUGCCGCGUUGGGAACUCUCAGACGCACUUCUGUGGAGCAGGGUGGACGCUCCGGCUGGGAACUUUCGGCCUGACUUCACUCGCAGAUCGUUGA